CUGAGGUUCAGUUCAAGGACCUUACAAGCCCCUGGGCCUGGACAGUCGUUGCUUUCAGGACAUUUGUCCCUUCCUGCUCCGGCGGACUUGAAGCGACCCUAGCUCAGAGCUCCCAGGUGUGGUGUGGGUACAUCUACAGGCUAUAUAAGGACGAGCCUUUUGCAUUCUCCUCGCGCUCACGCAGCAACCAAGCUUCCUUCUCCUCGUCCUUUUCUCACAUCGGCCCCUCCUCCUCGUUCUCUUUUCCAAAUUUCCCCAUCCGAGCCAGAUUUAUUCUUCGAGAUGCAAUUUGCUACCAGCUUUGUCGUUGUUGCGGCUUCCUUCUUCGGCAUGGCAGCCGCCGCUCCGGCAGCACCUGCUGAGCAGCUCAUCGAGCGAGCCCCAGGUGUGACGUGCAAAGUUGUCUCGCCCCCCGGCUAUGUCCUCAAGUUCAAUGCCGACUGCGAGGCCUGCCGCCAUGAUCCCCGGUACCCCGCUUUCACUGACACCCGCGAUGGCUCCGGCCACCGUAUCCUCGUCCUCGACGCAAAGGCCAACGACAAGACGCCCGCGGGACCCGAGGAGUUUGUCUUUGAGGCGUGCACGUCCAAGUACAUGAACCUGCCGGCGCAGAAUGGCACGACGUUUGCAGGCCACGUUCGGUCGACGCGCGCGACCGACUUCUGCAUCACCCUCGAUGGCACCUCGCGCAACGGCCGCUUCACCAGCCAGCGGUGCUCCUACACGGACGACGACAGCCAGGAGCGUCAGUUCUUCGUCUGGGACCACUCUGGCAACCAAGGCACCGAAAACUACCUCGGUGUGGUUCCACAGCCGAGCCAGGACGGCAAACUCACCCAGCAGAUUGCCCAGGACACCUACAUCCACAAUGCGUACCAGCUCUUCAUUGGCGACACGCCUCAGGAGAAGGUCGGCUGGAGGACCUCGACCACGACGACACCGUACAAGAUUACCGACUACCUCCGCCUUGCGGAUCCCAGCAAUUACUAACAGGAUCGUUGCGGCCGUUUCUCUCCUCUCCCUCUCUCACAGAUGCCCAGGACACUCGAUAGCAUUGUAGUAGUAGCGCGCGCCUCACAGUGCCGCGACAUUUCGCAUUAAUGACACACCCUCUUCUCUUGCAAAGAACCGUUCCCCUUUGUGAUUUGCGCAUGCUGUUGCCAAGGAGAACCGG